AUGACGACCAAGAGCGGUCAAUCUGGCUUCAGCCGCGGACCGAUCAACUGUACAAUCACAGGCCCGAAGAAUGAUCUCAAGGGAAAGGUAGCCAUCGUCACCGGAGGCAGCAACGGAAUUGGAGCAGAAUAUGUGAAGCGCUUGGUCCAAGCCGGAGCUCGUGUCUGUAUUGGCGACGUCGACGAGGCUGGUGCGCUAGCUCUUCAGGAAAAGUUUGGCGCGGACCAGGUCUCGUUCUCGAAAUGCAGCGUCACUAGUUGGGAAGACCAAGUCGCACUCUUCAGGGAGGCAAGAACGCACACUGGGAACAUCGACAUCGUGAUUGCGAACGCCGGCAUCGCGGCUGAAGACGAGAUCAACAUUAGAGACUAUGAACUCGACGUCAAAGUCCCACCCAAGCCCGAGCUCCGCACCCUCAAUAUCAACCUCAUCGGUGUCUUCUAUACGACCAAGCUGGCCCUCCACCAAUUUCAACGACAACGUCGGACCGAUGCUAAAGCCGAAAGCGUGCUCAUCCUUCAAGGCUCGCUCGCAGGCUACCUCAGCAUCCCCAAUGUACCACAGUACAAUGCCUCCAAGUAUGGCUUGCGCGGUAUGCUUCGAGCUCUCGUCCUCAGCAGUCCCUCUUACGGAACUCGUGUCAACUACAUUGCGCCCUGGUUCAUCUCAACUGCCAUUUUGAGCCCGAGAAUGCAGGGCGUGUUGGCGAGUACGGCUGAUGGAUUUGCGACGAUUGAAGAUGCAGGGUCAGCGAUGAUGAGGGUGGUGAGUUUCGAGGAGAAGAACCAUGGGAGGACGCUGGCUGUGGUGCCGAGAGUGCAUUCGAAGGAGAUGGGGUAUGUGGAUUUGGACCAGGAUGAUUUUGGCCCGAAGGAGAGCUUUCUGGGGUUGAUGCAAGAGAGGUUGUUGGGGUUGAAGCCGCCGUCUAAUCUGUGA